AAGCAUCGACUCAUUCUAGGGUUACGUAUCUUCUGAAUUGAGCAGAGAGCCAGCGCCGAGUUGUCCGAUCAAAGAUGGCCGAGUUCAGGCUCUACAAUUCCAUGACCCAGCAGAAGGAGGUUUUCAAGCCCCUCGUCCCCAAACAGGUCAGCAUGUACGUCUGUGGCGUCACCGCCUACGCUCUCAGCCACAUCGGCCACGCCCGCGCCGCCGUCAAUUUUGACGUCCUCUACCGAUACUUAGAGCAGCGGGGUUAUAAGGUCACAUAUGUGAGGAAUUUCACUGAUGUUGACGACAAGAUAAUUCGUCAAGCAAAUGAGCUUGGGGAAGAUCCAAUAAGUUUAAGUAAUCGCUUUUGCCAAGAAUAUACCAUUGACAUGGGAGAUCUCCAGUGCCGCACUCCAACCCAUGAGCCACGUGUUUCUGAUCACAUGGAACAGAUAAUAGAUAUGAUAACUCAGAUCAUCAACAAUGACUACGCCUACGUAGUUGACGGGGAUGUAUUCUUUGCCGUUGAGAAAUUUCCAAAUUAUGGGCAGUUAUCUGGACAAAAGCUGGAACAUAUUAGGGCAGGUGAACGAGUUUCUGUUGAUUCAAGAAAGCGCAAUCCUGCAGACUUUGCAUUGUGGAAGUCUGCAAAGCCUGGAGAGCCCAGCUGGGACAGCCCUUGGGGAAAAGGAAGGCCGGGGUGGCACAUUGAAUGCAGUGCCAUGAGUGCUCAUUAUCUUACAUUCAAGUUUGAUAUUCAUGGUGGUGGUAUUGACUUGAUCUUUCCACAUCAUGAAAAUGAGAUUGCUCAAAGUUGUGCUGCAUGCCAGGAGAGUCGUGUCGGUUAUUGGCUGCAUAAUGGUCAUGUCACUAAUAAUAAUGAGAAGAUGUCAAAAUCAGUGGGAAACUUUUUCACAAUUCGUCAGAUUACUGAACGGUAUCAUCCACUGUCUUUGAGACACUUCCUAUUAAGCGCUCACUACAGAACUCCUCUCAAUUAUAGUGUAUCCCAGCUGGAAAGUGCAUCAGAUGCAGUUUAUUACAUAUACAAUACUUUACAAGAAUGCGAGGAUGCUUUAUCUCCAUUUCAAGAUGGGGCCCAGAAGGAAGGUGCAGAACAAAAUGGUAGACCAGUUAAAAUUACUCAAGAAGCAGAAGGAUUGAUCAGUAAGCUACAGAAUGAAUUUGAGACUAAAAUGUCUGAUGAUUUGAACACUGCAAGCAUAUUGACCGGUGCUUUUCAAGAUGCGUUGAGAUAUAUAAAUAUAAAUAUGAAACCACUCAAGAAAAAGAAUCCGAAGCAGCAGCAAUUAUACAAGUCACUUGUUGAAACAAAGAAAGCUGUUGAAAAAGUUCUGGACACUUUGGGUUUGCUGUCCUCCGUUACAUACUCUGAGGUAGUGCAGCAAUUGAAGGCCAAGGCAUUGAUUAGGGCUGGACUUUCUGAAGAUGAUGUGCUGCAAACAAUUGCAGAGAGGACAUUAGCAAGGAAGAACAAAGAUUUUGCAAAAAGCGAUCAGAUCAGAGAAGAAAUGGAGGAAAAGGGUAUUCAAAUCAUGGAUGUGGGCAAUGAGAGUAUCUGGAGACCGAAAGCUUUAAAAGAAUAAGAACAUUAGAAAUUCUUUUUAAGAUCUUAUCAGACAUAACUGAUGUAAAAUCUUUUGAGUUGUAGUCGUCACUUGUCAGUUUCUGAAGUCCCUUGGAUAUUGUUUUUUCUUAUCUUAUAGAUUUUCCCUGCUAGCAAAAUGGGAAUACUGCCCUAGGACUUGUCAAGCAACAUACUGAACAGGUUCUGCAUUAUACAAUUUGGAUGUAAGAAUGUUGAUUUGAUAUCCAUUUUUCUGUGAGAUCGAUUAUGAAUUAGGAAUCUCAUCCUUUGCAGUGAAGUUCUGCCAGUUCUGGAUUACUUUCU